ACCACGGGCCCUCUGCAGGUCACACAGGAACAUUAUGGCGCCUGGAGGAGAGUUAGCUUCGGGACCAGUCGUAGUAUAAAGGACCGGUUUUGACCCGGGAGAAUGAACCUCUGCGCCCAGUACCUGCGCCAGGCUGAGGCCCUGAAGGCUGACAUGACAGACUCCAAGCUGGGGGCAGCAGAGGUGUGGACGUCCCGCCAGGCGCUGCAGGACCUCUACCAGAAGAUGCUGGUGACGGACCUGGAGUACGCUCUGGACAAGAAGGUGGAGCAGGACCUGUGGAACCACGCCUUCAAGAACCAGAUCACCACGCUGCAGAGCCAGGCCAAGAACCGGGCCAACCCGAACCGCAGCGAGGUCCAGGCCAACCUGUCGCUGUUCCUGGAGGCCGCCAGCGGCUUCUACACCCAGCUGCUGCAGGAGCUCUGCACCGUCUUCAACGUGGACCUGCCGUGCCGGGUCCGAUCGUCUCAGCUCGGCAUCAUCAGCAACCGGCAGGGCGGCGGCAGCGCCAUCGUCACGCCGCAGCCCAGCUCCUGCUCCUACAUCUGCCAGCACUGCCUGGUCCACCUGGGAGACAUCGCUCGCUACCGGAACCAGACCAGCCAGGCGGAGUCGUACUACCGACACGCGGCCCAGCUGGUUCCGUCCAACGGUCAGCCCUACAACCAGCUGGCCAUCCUGGCCUCCUCUAAAGGCGAUCACCUCACCACCAUCUUCUACUACUGCCGCAGCAUCGCUGUCAAGUUCCCCUUCCCUGCUGCCUCCACCAACCUGCAGAAGGCCCUGUCCAAGGCCCUGGAGAGCCGCGACGACGUGAAAACCAAGUGGAGCGUUUCUGAUUUCAUCAAAGCCUUCAUCCGGUUCCACGGACAUGUCUACCUGAGCAAGAGUCUGGACAAGCUGGACGCUCUGCGGGAGAAACUGGAGGAGCAGUUCCAGAGGCUGAUCCUGCAGAAAGCCUUCAGCUCCCAGCAGCUGGUCCACAUCACCGUCAUCAACCUGUUUGAGCUGCAUCACCUCAGAGACCUGACGGCCGACGGCGGAGAGCCGAGCGGCGCCGAGCAGCAGGUCAGCUGGUUCCAGCUGCUCGGACUCUUCAUGUCCUUCCUGGGUGUGAUGUGCGGCCGGAUUCUGCUCAAUAAGACCCGGGGGGAGGACAUCAUGGGGGAGUGUCCUCUGCCGGCCAUCAAGUUGUCUCUGGAUUGGCUGAAGCUUAGGACCAGCAUCUUCCAGGAAGCUGCCGUGGAGAACAGGAAGUACGUCUGGCCGUGGCUGGUGUCCAUCCUCAACAGCUUCCAGCCCAGGGAGGAAGACCUGUCCUCUUCCUCAGCGCUGCCGCUGCCGGAGGAGUUUGAGCUGCAAGGCUUCCUGGCGCUGCGUCCGGCUCUGCACUGCCUGGACUUCACCAAAGGUCACCAGGGCAUUCUGGUGGACCGGGACGGCCUGCCGGUCCACGCCCGCCACCAGCGCCUCGUCGCUCUGGGGAAGUGGGUCGCCGACAGUCAGCCAGGGCUGAUCCGGUGCCAGGUGAACGAGGACGGCCUGCUCCUCUUCCUCACCGACAUCCCGGAGGAGGCCGUCCAGGAGCCGCAGGAGAAGGAGGCCCCGGUGCUGCAGGAGUCGUCCAACGGCGAGCAGACGCUGAACGACGGCGGGAACUCGGGCCUGAAGUCGGUGCUGUCCGCCGGGAAGACCCAGAGCUCCUGGUCCGACGGCAACGAGCGGCCCGUCGUCACCUUCAAGGAGAACAUCAAGCCCAGGGAGCAGAGCCGGGAACCGGGCCGGAACCAGCUGCCGAAAGAGCUCAGCAAGGAGCGCCGCGACUUCCCCAAGGGCAACGGCACGGCCGCCGCCAAGAUGGAGCCCAAGAGGGACGGGAAGAGGAAGAGCGAGGUGAAGAAGGCCUCGCACGAGAAAGCAGCCGACGUCGGGAAGCAGGUGAAGGCUCAGACGGAGCUGAGAAAGACUCCGGUGUCAGAGGUCAAGAAGACUCCGGUCACACAGACCCAGAGCACCGGAUCAUCCCAGUUCAUCCCCAUCCAUCACCCCGGAGCCUUCCCACCGCUGCCCAGCAGACCCAGUUUCCCGCCCUCGGCCUACGUGAUCCCGCCCCCGGUGGCGUUCCCAGGAAUCCAGGUGAAUCCGGGUUUCACCUUCCCUGCCGGAGUGUCCGUCCCCGCUUCCUUCCUGCAGUCGGCCGUCCACCAGCAGGCGGGCGGCCAGGCCGGGAAGCAGUCCCACAUUCCCUACAGCCAACAGAGGCCGUCGGGGCCGGGGGCCUCGGGCCAGGGGCCGGGGCCCCUGGGCCAGGUCCCCUCAGCCCAGCAGCAGCAGCAGUCUCCCCAGCAGGCCCUGCAGCAGUCGGUGCAGCUGCAGGUCCAGGCCCUCGGCCAGCAGCAGCAAUCCCCCACCAAGCCGGGGCAGCAGGGCGGGAUGGGCAAGAGUCCGCCGCACCACCCAGGGCUGCAGCAGUUCAUGCAGGUCCAGGACCAGCCGGCCCUGUGGAGCCAGUCCCAGGCGGCGCUGCAGAAGCUUUCCCCCCUGCAGAUGUCCAUGAAGCAGCAGCAGCAGUUCUUCAUGGUGGACCCGGACGCCCUGAAGCUGUACGAACAGCAGCUGCCGGGCCCCCAGCCUCACAUCUCCAACAUGGACAAGAAGAUGAAGUUCCCUGACGUUAAGAUGCAGGACUUCUACUGGGAGCCGUCGUACCGCAUGGACCGGAUGGGGGAGGGGCUGGCCCUGAUGGCGGAGCGCAUGAAGAGGGCCCCGCCUGCUGGGAUGUGUGCGGAGCUGGAGGGCCCCGCGGGGCCCCGUGGGCCUUCAUUUGAGGACAAGAGCUCGCCCUUCCUCCCUCCUGACCUGUUAAAAACUCUAGCAGACCUGGAGGAGGACGAGGAGCUGAUCUUUGCUAAGCCUCCUGAUUUCUUCCAGGCCCUGGCCGGCCCUCUUAGCUCUGCUCCCGGACCAAAUAUCUUUCUGCCCAGCCAGAGCAGGAUGGAGAGCAGCCAGGAGGCCGUCAGCCAGUCGUCCUCUCUGCUGCCCAGCGCCGGCUUCCCCAUGCAGGAUUUCACCCAGAACAGCAUCUUCAGUCAGGCGUACGGUAAAAACCUGCCGCCCAGCUCCAAAGCCGACGCUCCCAUGAUGCAACAGGAGCCCUCCCUGUACUCCCUGUUCGAGGGAAACCCCUGGUCCCCCUCCCUCCCUGCCAGCUCAGACCACUCCACCCCGGCCAGCCAAUCCCCUCACUCCUCCAACCCCAGCAGCCUGCCCUCCUCACCCCCCACCCACAACCACGGAGCUGCGUCCUUCUCCAACUUCGGGCCCAUAGGCACUCCGGACAGCCGGGACCGGCGGGUGGUGGACCGAUGGAAAGCCGAGAAACCGGGGACCGGCUUCGGCCUGGACUACCUCCCAGCUGCUGCCUCCGCCGCGCCGCCCGACUCCAGCUGGCAUCAGGCCGGCUCGGCGGGGAGCUCCUGGACCAAUCAGGAGUCUCCCAUGGAGGAGUCGUCCUCCACCGUGCUGCUGGACAGCCUGAAGUCCAUCUGGUCCAGCUCCAUGAUGCAGCCCGGCCCGUCGGCGCUGGAGCAGCUCCUCCUGCAGCAGAAGCAGAAGCUGCAGCGAGGCCACGGCGCCAUGAACCCGCCGCACUGAAGGGCAGCGCCAGGCGGCGCUUUUGUCCGGAAGAAUCACCACCAGGAGGAACGGAGGGAACCAAACACACAAAAAAUUAAAGCGGCGAGGAGCGGUGGAGGCUGGGGAGGCGACGCGACCCCCCGACGAGGCUCAAUCACCACCCCACCCCUCUCGGCUGUUCGAGGAGCGGUGGCGCCCGCAUCGGAGGGCGACCGCGGUGCCACGCCGCCGCCGGCUUCCUUCAACCGGCGGGAACCUGAACUUUGAGGAACCCCCCCAGCAACACCUCGGACCCCCUGAUUCAGACAGACGCCUCCCCCCUCACCCAGAAAUCUGGUUUCUUCUUGGGGAAAACGGUUGGAGCUCCUGGACGUCUGCUUGGUCCUGAGGCAGACGGGGGGCGAGGGCUGGCUGGUGUUCGGGUUUAAGGGGAGGCCAGGUGGAGCGCCGGGGGCGGACAACCAGACUGGACUUUCUGACUCUCCUUUCAUUUUCAUUGGAGUGAAGGAGGAGGAGGAGGAGGAGGAGGAAGGCUCUUUAAAUACCUACUGAUUAUAUAUGGGCGUAGCUGCACUGUGGGGGCUGGUGGGCUGAACCAGGGUUCAGACACCUGACGGCGGCGCAGUGGGCGGGGCUAAGGGCGGCCCAGUAGUGUUACUGUUAGCUUACAGAGAUUCCAGAUAUUAACUGAAAAAGAAAAAACUGUAUUUUGUGAUUUGUUUGUAGCAGUUUUAGCUUCUCGCCCUCGAGGUGAACGGCUUCAUCCGUUAGCUUCCUGCUUGAAUACUUCCGGGGUUUCCUGCCUCUACUUCCUGGAACGCUUUACCUGAUGAAGAAAAAAUACUCCAGGUGUGACCUGCUUGUUUGCUGAACCUGCAUCUGCUCCUUUACUUUCUGUUCCUGUUCUGCCUGGUUUUAGUAGCAGCUGCUGUGAGUCCGGUCCGCCGGGCCGCAGCGUCUCCCUGACGACCAAAAACACAAAAGCUUCAGUCAGGUUGCUGUAGAAAAGAGGAGGUGAUUAAUCGCAUGAUGUGAACAAAAUGGUUUGAAAAGCUUCUCUGAUCAGAUCCUGUUGGAGUUUAUUAGAAAGGCUGAAAGUUUCCUAAAACCAGGAAAUUCAUGUUUCAACUAGAAACUACCUUCAGGACCAGGAAGGUCCAGAAUCCUAAAACAUCAACAGUUUUUGCCCUGAUUUAGAUCCAUGUUUUAAUAUUUUCAGCCCAUGAGCUCAACAGCGACAUCUGGUGGACAGAGAUGAACUCUGCAGCUGCUGGGAUUUCAUGUGAUUUUAACGCAGCCAGUCAGGAUUGCUGCUUGUUCUGGUUCUGGUUCUGGUUCUGGAUCCUUGGAGAAACGUUUCUAAGUAGGACGAAGCUCUGAGACGCCAGCAGGAUAAAAAAAAACUAGAAACUUUCAGACGUCUGCAGCUGUUACCGUUUAAACAUCACUUUUUAUUUAACUGUUACAGUAUUGUAAAUAUUCAGUUAUGAAAAAAUGAGGUGCAGUUUUUGUCACGUGACUUUUCGUUUGAAAAUAUCUAAAAAAUAAUCAGAUGAUCAGACGGUUCUGAAAGCUCAGCGGAUUAUUAAUUAUUGAUCUGCUGACUGUUUUUAUUAAAGUGAUUCUUUCGGUCUGAACAGUUCCAGGAACCAUCAGGAAUAAUGUCUGAUCAGUUUGUUUUCUGCUCGCUUCGUUUUAAAGUGGAGCUAAAAUCACCUGGAGUUUGGGUUUUAAUCUGAAGUCCUGGAAGUUUUGCAGUUCAAGGCUCGGUUCUGGUGUCUCCCAUCCAGUCAGAGCGGACCCGGUUGGACCCGGUUCAGACCAGCGUUCAGCUGCUCUCCUGGAAUCAAACCUUCGGAUGUUUUCUUCAGACUUUCUGUGAUCGUGCUUUUCAUGUUGCUUCCUCUGAGGACGAGCUGCCUGAGCGGACCUGAGGACGAAGGAACGGGUCCGGAUCUGGUUCUGGUUCUGGUGGGUUGGAACAUCAGCCUGGUGUUCUGGUUCAGGUCUGACCUUUGACUUCUUGUGUUUGUCUCUGUAGACUUUCAGAUUUAAAUAAAUGUCGACUGUGUUCUGCCUCGA